AUGCGCUAUGCUUUAGUGAUGGCAGCUGCUGAGAAGGUUGUUGCAUUGCACAGCUCAAUUGGAAGCUUGCACGCAAACGAUGUUGCGCAACAUCGCGUAGCUUCAAUGGCAUCAUCCAAGCUCAGUUCACUACCUUUUGCCACUGGCAAGCUGCAAGGCAAAACACACGCUGUUCGAUUUUUUCCGGCUUGCUUGUUUCAGUCACACUGCCCAAUGUCAACGAGCAGCCUUGCGGCCGACAAUGCGUUGGUGUCAAUGUCCAAUUUAUCCUUUGCCGUUUGUGGCUUAGUUUUGCUCGCAAAGCAAGAGCAAGUUCUCAGUUCCCGGGCAAUGAAUUGA